UACCCCGGAAGUCCUGCCCCUGCCCCCGCCCGCGGCAAACAUGGCGGUGGACUCGGCGAUGGAGCUGCUAUUUUUAGACACUUUCAAGCACCCCAGCGCUGAGCAGAGUUCCCAUAUAGAUGUGGUUCGUUUUCCGUGUGUGGUUUAUAUCAAUGAAGUCCGUGUCAUUCCACCAGGAGUAAGAGCUCAUAGUAGUCUGCCUGAUAAUAGAGCAUAUGGGGAAACCUCUCCGCAUACAUUUCAGCUAGACUUUUUUUUCAACAAUGUAAGCAAACCAAGUGCUCCCGUUUUUGAUAGGCUGGGAAGUCUGGACUAUGAUGAAAACACCUCUAUCAUCUUUAGACCUAAUGCAAAGGUAAAUACUGAUGGCUUGGUUCUAAGAGGUUGGUACAACUGUCUGACACUAGCAAUAUAUGGAUCCGUUGAUAGAGUGAUAAGUCAUGAUAGAGACUCUCCACCACCACCACCUCCACCUCCACCUCCUCCACAGCAGCAGCCAAGUGUAAAAAGAACUCCAAAACAUGCAGAUGGUGAGAAAGAAGAGCAGUUUAAUGGAAGUCCUCCAAGACCACAGCCCCGAGGACCAAGGACUCCUCCAGGACCCCCUCCACCUGAUGAUGAUGAUGAUGAUGAACCUCUGCCAGUACCAGUAGUUGGUGAGAAAGAAGAUGAUGUUCCUCAACGAGAAGAUUACUUUGAGCCCAUUUCACCUGAUCGGACUUCUGUUCAUCAAGAAGGGCAGUAUUCAGAUGAAGGUGAAGUAGAAGAGGAUCAUCAUGAGGAAGGUGAAGAUGAAGAAGAUGUAGAUGUUGAAGAAGAGGAGGAUGAAGAUGAGGAAGAUGGUCAUACAGUAGAGAGUAUCCCAGAAGAAGAAGAAGAUGAAGAAGAGGAGGAAGAAGGUGAAGAAGAAGAAGGUGAAGAAGAGGAAGAUGAAGAAGAAGAAGGUGAAGGAGAAGAAGAAGAAGAAGAAGAAGAAGGUGAAGGAGAUGAUGGCUAUGAGCAAAUUUCUAGUGAUGAAGAUGGAAUUGCUGAUUUAGAACGUGAGACUUUUAAAUAUCCGAACUUUGAUGUUGAAUAUACUGCUGAGGAUUUAGCUUCAGUGCCUCCAAUGACAUAUGAUCCAUAUGACAGAGAACUUGUACCACUUGCAUACUUUAGCUGCCCUUACAAGACAACUUUUGAAAUUGAAGUCAGCAGGAUGAAAGACCAAGGUCCUGAUAAAGAAAAUUCAGGGGCAGUAGAAGCAUCAGUAAAGUUAGUGGAACUUUUAGAGUUAUACCAGGAAGAUAGAGGUCCAAAAUGGGUCACAGCUUUGGAAGAAGUUCCAGGUUUAAUAGUAAAAGGAUUAAGUUAUUUGCAGUUCAAAAAUGCACAACAAGACUACAUUGGCCAGCUGGUAGAUUGGACCAUGCAAGCCUUGAAUUUACAAGUAGCUCUCCGUCAGCCCAUUGCCUUAAAUGUCCGGCAGCUCAAAGCUGGGACUAAAUUAGUAUCCUCAUUAGCAGAAUGUGGGCCUCAAGGAGUGAUGGGACUUUUACAAGCAGGAGUUAUCAGUGGAUUAUUUGAACUGCUAUUUGCUGACCAUGUAUCAUCUUCUCUUAAGCUAAAUGCUUUUAAAGCUUUGGACAGUAUUAUUAGUAUGACUGAAGGCAUGGAGGAUUUUUUAAGAGGCAGACAGGACUUACAUGAAAAAAGUGGUUAUCAGAAACUUCUGGAGCUCAUUCUCUUGGAUCAGACCGUGAGAGUAGUUACUGCUGGUUCUGCAAUUCUCCAGAAAUGUCACUUCUAUGAGAUUCUGUCUGAAAUUAAAAGACUUGGUGAUCAGUUGGCCGAGAGGUCUUCUAUUCCUAACCACAGCGAAUCUGAGCAGGACGCAGACCCUGGACUUGAGAGAACAAAUCCUGAAUAUGAAAAUGAAGUGGAAGCUUCUUUGGAUAUAGUUCAUCUUUUGGAAUCCUCUCUUAUAACUGAAGGGGAAAUAGAAAAGCUUAUUAAUCUCUUGGAUGAAAUCUUCCACUUAAUGGAGACUGCACCUCACACGAUGGUUCAGCCUCCUGUGAAGUCAUUCCCGACAAUAGCAAGGAUUACUGGACCUCCAGAGAGAGAUGAUCCUUAUCCUGUCUUAUUCAGAUACCUCCACAGCCACCACUUCCUAGAAUUGGUCACCUUACUGCUGUCAAUUCCAGCAAUAAGCGCUCACCCUGCUGUGCUGCAGGCUAUGAGAGAUGUUUUGAAGUUUCUUACACAGUCGCAAAAAGGUCUUCUUUUUUUCCUCUCGGAACAUGAGGCGACUAACUUGCUGAUUAGAGCUCUUUGUCACCUUCUUGAUCAAGAAGAAGAAGAAGGUCUCCAGGCUGAUGGUGUUAUUGAUGAUACAUUUGCUUUGUGGCUACAGUAUUCAACUCAGACUUUGCAGUUUAUUACAGAACUAUUUUGUCAUUUUCAGCGUUGCACAAACAAUGAGGAAACUGACCAUUCAGAUCUCUUGGGAACCCUUCAUAAUCUUUACCAGAUUACUUUUAAUCCUGUGGGAAGAGCAGCUGUUGGUCAUGUCUUCAGUCUUGAAAAGAAUCUCCAGAGUCUUAUUACUCUAAUGGAGUACUAUUCCAAAGAGGCUUUAGGGGACUCCAAGUCAAAGAAAUCGGUAGCUUAUAAUUAUGCGUGCAUACUUGUUUUGUUGGUGGUUCAGUCUUCUAGUGAUGUCCAGAUGCUAGAGCAACAUGCAGCGCCUCUCUUGAAGCUUUGUAAAGCAGAUGAAAAUAACACGAAAUUGCAAGAACUUGGCAAGUGGCUGGAGCCUCUGAAAAACCUUAGAUUUGAAAUUAAUUGUAUCCCAAGCCUAAUUGAAUAUGUUAAACAGAAUAUUGAUAACUUGAUGACCCCAGAAGGAGUUGGUCUACCAACUGCAUUACGUGUCCUCUGUAACAUAGCGUGCCCACCACCUCCUGUUGAAGGUCAACAGAAAGAUCUGAAGUGGAACCUUGCAGUUAUUCAGCUUUUUUCUGCUGAAGGAAUGGACACCUUUAUUCGUGUUCUGCAAAAACUGAACAAUAUUCUUACGCAGCCUUGGAGACUCCAUGUCAACAUGGGGACUACUCUUCAUCGAGUUACUACCAUUUCCAUGGCCCGCUGCACACUCACUCUUCUUAAAACCAUGUUAACAGAGCUUCUCAGGGGUGGAUCCUUUGAGUUUAAAGACAUGCGUGUUCCUUCAGCCCUUGUUACUUUACACAUGCUACUGUGCUCUAUCCCUCUCUCAGGUCGUCUGGAUAGUGAUGAGCAGAAGAUUCAGAAUGACAUCAUUGAUAUCUUACUGACUUUUACGCAGGGAGUUAAUGAAAAACUUACAAUUUCGGAAGAGACUUUAGCCAAUAAUACUUGGUCUUUAAUGUUAAAAGAAGUUCUUUCUUCAGUCUUGAGAGUUCCUGAAGGAUUUUUUUCUGGACUCAUUCUGCUUUCAGAGCUCCUGCCCCUUCCAUUGCCCAUGCAAACAACUCAGGUUAUUGAGCCACAUGAUAUAUCAGUGGCACUCAACACUCGCAAACUGUGGAGUAUGCAUCUCCACGUCCAGGCAAAGCUGCUCCAAGAAAUAGUUCGUUCUUUCUCUGGCACAACUUGCCUGCCAAUUCAGCACAUGUUGCGGCGCAUUUGUGUUCAAUUAUGUGACCUUGCUUCACCAACUGCACUUCUAAUCAUGAGAACUGUCUUGGAUUUGAUUGUAGAAGACAUGCAAAGCAAUUCAGAAGAUAAAGAAAAACAGUAUACAAGUCAAACAACCAGACUUCUGGCUCUUCUUGAUGCCCUGGCUUCACACAAAGCUUGUAAAUUGGCUAUUUUGCAUCUGAUAAAUGGAACUAUUAAAGGUGAUGAACGAUAUGCAGAGAUUUUCCAGGAAUUGUUAGCUCUUCGAUCAACUGGAGAGAGUGUUAUUCAUCAACAGUGUGUUGAAUAUGUCAUGUCCAUUUUGCAGUCUCUCUGUGAUCAGGACAUAGCACUUAUUUUGCCAAGUUCUUCAGAAGGAUCACUUUCAGAACUGGAACAGUUGUCCAAUUCUUUACCAAACAAGGAAUUGAUGGUCUUGAUCUGUGACUGUCUACUGGAAACAGUAGCCAAUUCUGAGAAUAGUUACAACUGCUUACUGACAUGUGUCAGAACUAUGAUGUUUCUUGCAGAACAUGAUUAUGGAUUCUUUCACUUAAAAAGUUCAUUAAGAAAACACAGUAAUGCUUUGCACCGAUUAUUGAAACGCAUUGUUAGUACAUUUAGUAAGGAUACAGGAGAACUUGCAUCUUCUUUUUUGGAAUUCAUGAGACAAAUACUCAACUCUGACACAAUGGGAUGUUGUGGAGAUGACAGUGGUCUCAUGGAAAUAGAUGGAUCUCAUUCAUCAAGAACAUUGAGUCUUAAUGCUGCAGAAUUAAAACAACUUUUACAGAGCAAAGAAGAAAGUCCAGAAAGUUUGCUUCUUCAACUGGAGAAGCAUAUUUUGGAACAUUCUAAAGAGGAUGACAACCUGGAUUCUUUGCAGGACAACAUAGUUGGUCUUAGACAAAUGCUGGAAUCUGCAGGUGAUCCUUUACCACUUAGUGAUCAAGAUGUGGAACCAGUACUUUCAGCUCCAGAAUCUCUUCAAAAUCUCUUUAAUAAUAGGACUGCAUAUGUGCUAGCUGAUGUCAUGGAUGACCAGCUGAAAUCCAUGUGGUUCUCUCCAUUCCAGGCUGAAGAGAUUGAAACAGAUUUAGAUUUGGUAAAAGUUGAUCUAAUUGAGCUGUCUGAAAAAUGUUAUAGUGACUUUGAUUUGCAAGCCGAAUUAGAGCGUUCCUUUUUGUCAGAACCAUCAUCUCCUGGGAGAACAAAGACUACAAAAGGAUUUAAACUUGGCAAGCACAAACAUGAGACUUUUAUAACAUCGAGUGGAAAAUCUGAAUACAUUGAACCUGCCAAGAGAGCACACAUUGUGCCACCUCCCAGAGGAAGAGGCCGGGGAGGAUUUGGACAGGGCAUCAGACCCCAUGAUAUCUUUCGUCAGAGGAAACAGAACACCAGUAGGCCACCAUCUAUGCACGUGGAUGAUUUUGUUGCAGCUGAAAGCAAAGAAGUGGUCCCACAAGAUGGGUUACCACCACCAAAAAGGCCACCCAAAGUAUCACAGAAGAUUUCUUCUCGUGGUGGAUUUUCAGGGAACCGAGGAGGACGAGGUGCUUUUCAUAGUCAGAAUCGGUUCUUCACUCCACCUGCUUCAAAAGGAAAUUAUAGUCGUCGUGAGGGAACACGAGGUUCUAGCUGGAGUGCGCAGAGUACACCACGAGGAACCUAUAAUGAAAGUAGAGGAGGGCAGAGCAAUUUUAGCAGGGGGCCUCUUCCACCCCUUCGGCCACUCAGUUCUGCAGGAUAUCGUCCAAGUCCACGCGACCGUGCUUCCAGAGGUCGGGGUGGACUUGGUCCUUCUUGGGCAAGCGCAAAUAGUGGCAGUGGAGGCUCAAGAGGAAAAUUUGUUAGUGGAGGCAGCGGGAGAGGUCGUCAUGUACGGUCCUUCACACGAUAAAAAUUAUUCUUGGGAACAUUCUGAUAGGAUAGACAUUUCAUCAAGACAAUUUUUAAAACUUAAGACACUGAAGGACCAAUUUAGACUUAACAGAUAUCGGGAGACAUCUGAGAGAAUAUUUUUAUCUGAAGAAAGAUUUUGUUUGAUACGAAACAUGAAAUUUCAAUAAAAAUCCAAACAUUUUUAUGUAUGGUUGCAUAUUUUCUCUUUAUAUUCUAAAGCACUUUUGAGGGAUUUGAUAGAAAAUGAAAGAUGUAUCUUAGUCAGGGCAUUAAAAAUUCUAGCAUUUUUGUUAUAAAAUAUCCUCUGCCUGUGUAAAAAAAUAGCAUUGUUCUCUGAACGGUGAAAAUAUAAAAAAGUUUUUCCUUUUGUCUUAGGAGAGCUAUAUGAAUUUGCUUUAUGUCUCAGGUUGAAAUUACUAGAUUAGUUUUGAUGGUAUUAUAAUCAGUACUUUCAUAAUAAGACAUAUCUUAAUGUUUUGGGGGGAGAAUUUUGGAAGCAUUUAGUAAGACUUGAAUUUUUUCUUAAAAAACAAAGUAUGUCAAUACAAUAACUAUAUUUUCCCCAAGGAGAAUUUUGUCACCUAGUUUUUUCAUUAAUAGUGUGGAAUAUUAUCACAAAUGCAGAAUGUCAUCUUAAUAGUUUUAAUUUUUAUAGUUGUGUAUUUGUGAGGUGAUGAAUGGAAGGAAAGGUAUUAGUUGAUAAGAAAAUGACUGAAGGAAAAUAAUAUACACCUUUUCUCUUAAGUGUUACUGAGUUAAGUUGUUCUCUCGUGGUUUUUUUUUUUUAAAGGUGAAUGGGGAAAAUGUUAACUUAGAAUCCAAAGUAACAUACAUAAUGCUUAACAUAAAUUAACUUUGUUAGUGUAUAAGAUACAAUCCUGUGUAGUGCUGAAGAUUGGGUUUUGUGCUUUACAAUUCUAUAUAACAUAGGGAAGGUCCCGUAAGAAAUUGUGUUCCUUAUGAAUGAGGAUAAAGAAAUCUGAGGUAGGAUUGAGAUGGAAUUUAAUUUUAGAUGCAUUGGAAUGACAUAAAAUCACUCAUUUGUCUUUUGGUCUUGGGUUCUGUAAUAUGACCACUGAGUAAUACGAUGCUGUAAUUAUAUUUGUAGCUUUUGCUAUUUUAUAAUUAAAUCCGUUUUCAGUUAUUAAAAAGACAUCACAGGUAAUAAAUAAAAAUGUUGUUCUUGAAAUGGGUUAAGUCAUUCAGGGAAAUUGAAUAACUUGGCAGUUAUGACUUCAAAGAUAAGGUCCAGAUGAGUGGUAGUAAGGGAAUGUAAGAACUGGAAAGUUAUAUUAUUCAAGUCAUAUAGGAUAUGAUUAUAGGAAUAUGUGAAAGUCUGCAGAAGAUUGGUUUUCUUUUUAUUAUUGAAUCUCAUUGAUAUAUCUGGAGGAAGCCUCUUCCAACUUCAUUUGUUUUCCAUGUGAAAUGUCACUGACAAAAUCUGUCUUUGGAAUAAUGUCUUCUGAAUAGGAAAACAGACAUUUAUGAGGAUGCUUUUUUUUUUAAUUAAUAUUUCUGGAAAAAAUGGGUCACCUUUUGGAAAUUAUCGAGUAAUAUGCAUCAAUCACAGGCAUUAACAUAAGAAAGAAGAAUAGGUAGGUUUAAAAAAAAUUGUGUUUGAUUAUUUAAAAAAAUUUUGAUUUGGCAGAAUUAAAUGCUGUUUUAAAGAUCCUCUAACAAUAUAUAUCUUGAAAGUACAUUAAAAUUGUCUUUUGAAAGAUAGAGAUAACUUCAUUCUGUCUUCUGAUUGGUUGAUUAUAAAUAGAAAACGAGAUGUAAAACAAAAGGAUAUAGGCUCACCAAAGAUGAUUGCCAUAUAAAUGGUGAGGUCCUCUAGAUGUGACUGCUCACACAUCUAUUGAUUAUUCUAGUUCUAUAAUAAUUGUACAACCUCAUAAAUGAGAUCCAUAAUCACUCAAAUCCCAUGUGGCCUAUCCACAUGGGAAGUCCAAAACAAGGGAAGGAAAAAUGUAUGUUUUCUAGAUCGGAAGGAAGAUGCAUAAAACAUUUAUCUUGAAUAGAUACUGUACACUAACAAUGAACUGAACUAUUGAGUAGGAGUUAGACUACCUGUAGAAAAUUGUGCUGUUACUGGAAUAUAUCCAGUUUUAUCCUGAAACAAAGAUCAGUCUUUUAAAUGCCAAUAUUAUUCUGUUAAUACUACAUAUGUAUUUUAAAGAAUCCACUUUCACUGAGGAAUUUUAUAAUUUAUUUCUUAUAAUAAGAAAUUACAAUAAACUUAUAAUUCCUCAGUGAAAUUAUUUAUUAUAAGAAAUAAAUUAUAAGUUUCAGGUUCCCCAAAGUUCAAUGGAAAAACCCAUGGUGGCUUUGAAUAGGUGGUAAUAUAUUACCAAUAAAACUAUCAGAAAAGAAGCCAUAUGUCAGGAUCAUAGAAAAGUGAAGGGGAUAGUGUGUACAGAGGAAGGCCCUCAACAAUUCAAGAAUUUCACAGGAUGAACUAAUUAUAUAUGGGUUAAAAUCUUGCCCAUUGGAAGAAGUAUCCACAUUAAUGAGAUCGCAGAUCAUCAAAGUAAAUAAUGAAAAAUGCAUCAGAUACUUUAUGGAAACACUAGUGCUUUUGUUAGACUGAAGCAACAUUGAGAAUCUUUUAUAUUAAAUCUCUUUAAGAAUAUGGAAAAACAGACAGCAGCUCUGAAAUAUUACCUAUCAUGCCAGAAAGAGCUACUAAUUAAUCAUUGUAUUUAAGUUCUGUGUCAGAUGAGAUUUUUACUGUUUUUGAUCAGUAACCGUUGCCAAAAAUGCAGAAUAAAAAGGCAAAAUAUGCUCUUUAGGGGAAUAAGAUUUCAAAUUUCAAACUGAAUUCUGAAACAUGUAAGAAUAUUAAGAAAUGCAUCAGGUAAUCAUGUAAAUUUAGCUUUAGUUUUGAGGAAGUUUAUUCCAAAUGAGAGUUAAGAAGUUUUGGACAAUCCUAUAUUAAACAAUAACUUAUUUUUUUCUGGAAUUACAUGGUAAAAAUUAGUUAACAACUAUUCUCCCCAAAAAGCCUAAACAUAGACUAUGAGGCAUCAUUUGGAGAUGAUGUGAAAAGCCCUCUUUUGAAGGAUCCCUGCAAAUACAGGUUUCUUGUGGCUCAAAGAGUUAGGUAUUUGCUCUGUGAGCAUAUAUUGUCAAUGGACUAUUUUCUUUUUAAAGAUCAUGGUUUGAGGAAAGCUAACAUGCUAGCUAGUUUACAUUUGAUUAGUUAACUUAUAAUUUAUUUCAGAACUUCAUUUUCAUGGGUCUUUUUUCCAAAGAGCAGGUCAUAACCCACUAUAUACCCCCUUAGUAAUCAUUUUUAAUGAACUGUUGUGUUCAAAAAGCAUUCUCCAAGACCAAGGUUCUUAACCUUUAUGAUGUCUUAGAAUCCUCUGGGAGUCUGGUGAAGCCUAUAGAGUGUACCAAAUAUUGCUUUUAAACACGUGAACUAAGAUAUGUAAAAUUAUAAAGGAAAUCAAGUAGAAAUAGUUGUCAAAGAUAAAAAACAAAUUCAAGUUCUAGUCUGAUAGCCUUUUUAUGCUUAUAAUUUUCAAAUGUCCACAGAAAGCAAAUGAGCAGUUAAAUGGGGCUGUACUUGCUUGAUAGGAUUGUUCUAUUUUGCAAAAUCCAGGGUCACAUUUUACAUUGUGAUGAGGCAUCAGAGUAGGAUUUAUAUUAGCAUAGUAAAGUUAAGACACUAUGUUUUUAUUUUAAAAAUCCAGACGAAGAGAUUAAUGCUGACCUGAGAAAGAAGCUCUGAGCCUGCUCAAAUUGAAUCAAAUGCCAUAUGAGGAAUAGUGGAAGGGCCUGGGGAUGCUAAGAAUAGAAAAGAUGAUAAGACUUAGGAGAAAUACAACAGUUGAAUUAUUUGAGUACUAUCACGUAGAGGGAGGUAUUAGAUUUGACCUGCUUGACACCAAAGGGCAAAUGAGAGAGUGAAUAGUAGAAGUAGUAGAGCCAGAUUUAGGCCCAAUAGAGGGAAAACUUCCUAAUGGUAAAUGAGCAACAGGUCCUUGGGUAUAUUAUAAAAGUUAAUACUUUUAAGAUAAUGGUUAGACUAGAUGGUCUGAGGUGCCUUUCAUUAUUGAGAUUCUAUAAAACUUAUUAGUCACAAAUCUAGUCUUAACAGUUUUGUAAUAUUUUGACACAAGGUGAUUUUCAGGGGAAUCUUUUAAUUUUUAAAAAAUUCUUUUGAUUGCGCUGUGUACAUAUGGACUGUAAAUGAGGGCAGUCCCAUUUUUGUCAGGAUAAGGUUAAAUAUUAGCAUUUUUGUAAGAUUCUCAUUUGUGUAUUGUAGUUUCACAUUUCUGCUCCAUAAGGAAUAUGGAUUGUUGCUUUACAACAUGAAAAAGUCUUAAGACUGAUUUUUUGAUAACAAAGUUGUAGGUAUAAUAGGUUUUUCAAUCUGUGUACAUAAAAUUUGUGCUUUUAUUCCAUUUACAGCAGUGGGAAGUAUAUUUUUGUUUUGUGGGGAGCGGCGGAGGGUGGAUGGGUGGGGGGAGACAGACCUCUGUGUCUUAAGGUUUCUGAAGUGGACUUUGAGUCAGUCAGGGAGCAUUUAUUAUAUGCCAGGCACUUUGAGUCUGUUUUUGAUCAUUAUAUUCAAGUUAUGAUUGGUAUUUAAUGUUUUGUAGGAAUUUAACUGUUGUGUUUCAUGUUAACAGUGUUCUGCAAGUGUUAUUUCUGUUCAUUUUGCCUGUGGUUACUCUAGCUCACUAUACAAAAAAUUUUGAAGCAUAUAUAUAUAAAAUGGAAUAAACUUUUAGGUAUUGAACUGAAAAAAAAAGUAUUUUCAUUCUAAGAUAAUAAGACUUAGGUUGAUAGAGCUGUAUAUGUGACAGCAAGAGAGCCAUUUCUUUUUUUUUAUGACUUAAAGUUUAUAAGCAAUUAUUUAAUUAAUGAGUUGUAUUCAUUAAAUAUUAAGUGGCUUCCUUGCUUUUCUUUAUGGAUAUGAAAAGAGGCUUUGAAAGUUGCCAAGGUAUAGCUUUUUAUCAGAUAGCUAUAGGACACUCAUUUCAUUCUAGGGCUUGGCAGGAAUUAGGAAGCCUAAUUAUUAUUUUAUUCAAUUCUAGGAUCAGAUACCCCAACAAUUUAAAAAGUAUCUGUCAAGGAAGUUUCUGACAGAAUUGAUUAUAAUGUUCUCUAACUCCUUUCUAGAGCAGGUUGGGAAGAAAAUGGAUUAUUAUUUUUCAGUAUAAUUGUUUCCUUUUGGAAAAAUGUAUUUUAUUUUAUGCAUUUAAAAUAUCUGAGAAGAGGGCCCAUGACACAUAAAAGGUCAAGAAUCCUUUUUGUAGAGCAAAUCUUUAGAACUAGGAUCCCCCCUCAGAAUACAUAAGGUCUCACUUAACAAGAAGCAAUUGUAAGCCAUAAUUUUAAAAAUAUAUAUGUACUUCAUAACUUAUGAGAAUUUUCACGCAUUUUGGAGCUAAUGAUUUUGUUUUUAAAAUUCAAUUGGAUAAAAAACCUUUUAUGAAUUAACUAAGCAUGCAAAAAAAAAGCAAGAAUCUUGUUCGAGUGCUUACUUAAAUUCAGAACUUAAAUUCAUAAAACACAAUUGAUUACUACACAAAGUAGGAAAAAACCACGAUUUUAUGUCUUUUAAAUUACAGAGACAUAAAGCCCACUGUAUGAUCUGUUUAGAUUAUAUGCUUAUUCUCUGUACAAAAGACAAGGUCUUUUCUUCUUUUUUUUUUUUUUUGGAAACUAUUAUAGAUGAAAAAGAUCUUUCUGCCAUUUUCAAAAAAUAGCGAUUUUUAGGUGAAGUUCACAAUGGCCCUACUUUAGAGCAAAUUAUGUGUGAUACAAUAUCAGAUUUUGUCACUGUCAACAAGGCUAAGGCCAUUUGCCAACAGAUUUAUUACUUCUGUAAUGUUUUUCUUAAAACAUGGAAUCAUAGGAUCAUAGAUUUAGAGCUUGAAAGUUCCUUAGAGGCUAUGUAGUUCAAGCAACUUGACUUGCUCAAGGUUAUGUAGUUGGGAUUUGAACCCAUAUCUUAUGACUCCAAAUUUGUUCUUUCCACUGUACCAUGCUGCCUCCUGACUGAUCAUUGUUAAUGUAUUUUAAAUAAGUAAUGUAACUUCAGUGUAAACAAUUUUAAAUAAUUUCAUAUGACCUUUUGUAACUAGUUAUGAUGAUAUUAAAGACAUCAAAUGUUAA